AUGAUGUCUUUUAUGUCAGGUCAUUCAUUUUCUUUUAAUUUGGGGCCCGUUUUCCUUCGCCUUUUCUAUUUUUUUUCUACUAUUGUUAAUGUCAUUAUUCUCACACUUAAUGUUUUCAUUCAUUUUUUUUUUCCAUCUUUGUGUUCUUUUAUUCAUUCAUUUUUUUCAUUCAAUUUAAUCGAUCUAAGUUUAAUUUUUUUCUUUCACUUUCCUUCUUUCCAUUUAUUCUUCCUUCUUAACUUCUUCGUAUUUCAUUAUAUUUCUGUUUUAUUCCUUCGUUUUUCAUUAUUUUUCUUCUUUCUAUCGUUCAGUCUUCGAUUUUCUCUUAAUCUCUUUUAUUCUUUCGUUUCCUUUCUUUAUUAUUCUCUCUUUGAUUCCUUCUUUUUUCGUUUUCUGUUAUUUCUUCUCAUUUAUACAUAUAUUCAUUCAUUAUAUCCUGUAAUUUUGCCAAUUCCAUUCUAG